AGUGAUUCCACGUAAGACUCAACAAACCGGGUGAUCAACGACCAGCCUGACUUCAUAAGCGGAAAAUAUCACUUUCUAGCUUGGACGAAGUGCAAAGUACUUUUGGAAGUUCCUGAAUUGUUCACCUAAUCAACCACUUGGAACCACAAAAAUGUCUGAAAAGCACGAAUUUCUGUUCAUCUUACCUGAUGGCCCGGAUGGUCUCAAGAACCGAGAGUCCUGGACCGACCCUCACGAACGUUUCGUUGAACGAGAAUCAGAAUACUGGCUUGCCGGAGGCCCUAUGUACGACGAUCAUGAAGAGAAUAUUGAGCGUGGUAGUUGGGUUCUGGUUCAAGCUCAUGACAAGAAGGAAGCUUUGAAUCUUCUUCAAAAUGAUCCAUUCACCGUUGGCAAAGUUUGGGACUGGGAGAAAGCUCAGGUCUUGAGCGUCAAGAGUGGACUGCGUGUACCGUUUGUCAAGAGCUCAAUCAACUUUCCACAAACCAAGAUGGACGGUGGUAGUUAGCUGAUCAGGGAUGAAUUUUUCAUCAUCUCUUAGAUAGUAGAAUAGGAAUAGCAGCAAAGCACAAAUAGCUGACCAAGGGGAUUUUAUCAGCCGUUCUCCGGAUUGUCAGCAAUUAACCCCU